AUGAAAGCCAUCUUGUCUAAUUUUGGUAGGCGCGUCGACAUCAACAGGCAACACGAGCCUAAAGAUGCUGCUUACAACUUAAAGUCGGCAACGACUUCGACCUCCGCAAACGGCUUGCAUUUCCACCAAUCCUACUCGUCCUUUGGCACUACAGGCGGCGGCAUCGGCGACGCUCCUACCGAUCAUAGGGCAAUCAUCAACCUCGAUAUUUCCAGCAGCCAAGGGUAUUCCAACUUCUCGAGCUCGUCUCCAAGGUCCUCGCCAUCCGCACGAGCUAGUGCUGAGAAGAGCAAUCUCAACGAGCAAUUUUCACACGGGAGCACAUCGGCAACACGUGCUCCAGCUCAUCCACCAUCGAGCUACAGGCAUCCUUCGAGACACGAUGGCGGUGCACAAACAGGGUCUCGCGGUCUCGUGAGAAAGCUGUCCAGCUCUAGCGGUAGGGCUUCCCUGCAGUCGACAUCUAGUACUUCCGCUCAGUCCGAGCAUCCCUCGAAAGCCUCGAAGGACCGUGCCAAUCUGCGAGGAGUCACAACCCGGUCGCGCAACGGAGCGACCUCAUACGCCACCCCUCCUACCCCUCUGCCCUCUAGCGACCGAGAUCUCAACCAUAGCGUCGCCAAUGCCGACAUCUCUAUCAUGACUUCGUCAGAACUCGCUCAAAGACUCAACGAGCUGGCAGUGGCCAAUGCAGAUGGCCUGCUUUCCGAGGACGAAUAUCGUACCCUGCGUCAGGCCGUCUUUGACAAGAUGAUGAUGACCGACAAACAAGCUUUGGCCAUACCGACAGACAGCGGACGAACGGGUUACGGUUUGUCGAACCAGGAGCAGUCUCGUAACGCCGCUCCCGCUGAUCGCAUCCCGGGCGGUACAGUCUUCCUGUCUGCCGAUUUGCUCAGUGCCGACGCCGAGCGCUCCAAGUCCUCCCUCGGUCACCACGCCAGCUCCAUACGCAGCGGCCGCAGUGCAAAGUCGUCGAGUUUCCAGAAUGUCACAAAUUUCUUCAGGGGCAAUUCUUCAAACUCCAAAGCCAUGCAUCCCCAGACCAGCCAAGACUCCCAUUCGAGUCAAGACCGAGCUGCUCCCUCCUUACGCGAUUCUGAAGGAGCGUCCUCGCAGCAUUCGAGCGGGGAUGGGAACUCACGUCGCGCCCUGUCGUUCCGCACACAGCACUCGUCCGCAGCAAGAUCGUCGUCACGCAUGUCUACCUUGGGCCGUCUCAGAGCAGGGAGCCACGCACGACGCGAACAGGCCGAAUAUGCAACUCGCGAACUGGAGGACACUUUUUCAGCCCAACGAACCGCGCGUUCGCUGCGCGCCGUGUCCAUCUACGAUGCCGGCAGCACUGACCUCUCAAAGUCGGGUGUCGCCGUCCAUAACAGGUCGCCGACGUCUCUGCGGGCAGAGAUCGCUCCCACAACCAUGUUUGGCGCCGAGUAUGUCGACAAGACCACGCAGGAGAUCCGAGCAGAAAUUGGCGUGGUCCAGACCGAGGGCAAUCGAAUGUUGGAAACAUUUGCGGCACUCGAAGACGCGCUCUUGGCAAAGCAGACCUCGCUGGAUGCGCUCUCCGUGUCAAACGUGUUGGAAAGGGUACGAGCAGCCAAUCCCUUGGCAUGCGCCACGGGUCUCGAUGAUGCGGAUCGGCACGGUAAAGGGGCGCGUCAUCAACGCCCACCACCACCUUCGUCGUACCGCAUGCCCCGCUCAGCCGACACUGCUAACGGCUCUAACAAUCACAUCUCAGUUGAGGCUUCGGUCUCAGAGGACGUAGCGGUCUUGCAUGCCAAACUGACCAGCAUAUAUACGCAGAAAGCUGCCGUAGUGAAGCGAUACCAGGACCGACUAGCGUUUCUGGCAAGCAAGCUACGAUCAGCAACGAUUCGCGAAGGACUCAAAUGA